AACAAAACAACUAACACAGACAGAGAAUAGAUGUAAAAAGAAAAAUAAAUAUAAUUUCUUAAGCAAGACGGAGGUGACGAAUUUUCCAUAAAAGAAAAUGUCCCCAGUAAAUUGUGUUUAAAGCAAUAGAAGACAAAAUCACAGAAAAGUGAUUUAAAAAGUGAUAAUUAAAGAAUUUUUCUUGGACUUACAAGAACCAUAGCCAUCAUGAGUAUUCUUGACAUGAAAUCCGGCAAGCCCACCCUGGGCGAGGAGAUUAGCAAUUUCUUUCUGCCUCUUAAGUACCUCAUUACCACGGAUCGUUUUGAUGCUUUGGUGGAGAAUAUAGACUUCAACUAUUUGGCCAAUGCUAUGUUCUGGAUUUUUCUGCUCUUCAGUGUUGGCUUUGUGGGUUUUCACAAUUUGUUUCAGGUCUUCCUCAAAACGUCAAAUAUCAAAUUUUACAAGCGAAAACAAUUUUCGCGCUCCAUAUGGAAUAUCGCAUUUUAUGCUGCCUGCACUCUCUUUCUAUACUACUACAAUGAGCUGGUGAUUUUGCCACAAUUGUUGAAGAAUCAAGGACGCUACUCUCUAUUCUAUUCAUCAGAGGAUCACAUCUUCUAUAAAUCGCAACAAUGUGAGAAAUUCCAAUUCUAUUCGUUGUUCAUCAUAACAUUUUAUUUGCAUGGAGCCAUGUUGGAUUUCAAGGAAUCGGAUUAUUUGGAUGCAGCCUCUAAAGGACUUUAUUUGCUGGCUUUGGUGGCCAUCGAUACGUAUAGAUAUGAAAACUAUUUUGUGGGCGUCAAUUUGAUUUUGGGCAUCUACAAUAUAAUCACCGAAAUCCUUAGUCUAUUGGCCUUGCAGAAUUCCAAGCGUAAUAUAUUGGUUUAUCAAAUAUUUCUAGGAUUACGCAUUGCCUCCUGGUCUCAUGUUUUUAUCAGUUUGCUGCCUUUCAAAUAUUUGGUGCCCACUUUAUUUGCCAAGAAUUUUAAAAUUACCCUCAACAUUGUCAUCUGGUUGUGGUAUGGUCUUUGCAUUUGGAAUUCUCCUGUGCUGCAAUAUUUCUAUCAUCAGAUCUAUCACAACACCCCGGCGGAUUGUUCAGGCGAGGGUUCGGCAGCAAAGUGUAUUUUACUCAAAGACUCCAGUGAGCAUCGUCACUUCAAGGCCCUAAAGAAAGCCUAUUUGGAAGUGAAACUGGCCCAUGAAAAAUUAAAUAGCAGCACCAUGGCUGCCACCGGCACUGAAACUUCUUCAUCGACAAAAGCCUAUCAGGCUAUCAAAUGUAUCAUGAUUUUAAAACGUAAAUUGAAACGCAUACGCGAAGGUCGUGGCAGUGAGCCUGAAGAUGAUGCCGAUGAUUCACUAGCCACUGAAUGUUAAUGGCUACUCCCUAUAGUCUGUUGCCAAUUGAAAUGCCUUCUCUCUACUUAUGUAUCCAAGACUACUUCAAUGACACUAUGAGCCCAUGUUAAUGAUAAUCUUAAUGUCUCCCCCCCCUCACUCCCACUUAGUUAGUUAAUCUUUUGAAUCUUUGCCUGUUUAAAAGUUAAAUGUUAUGUUACUUAAAUCGAAUUCGGAAUCGCAGACUUACAUACACAACUUAUGACUCAAACCAAAUUAUUAAUUAUACACAACUAAAUAAGCAAAAAAAGAUAAAUUAUUUAAAAAAAAUUGUUAAUG